AGAUGGUUUACAUGUUCUGUGAGAUGUUAAUAUUUAUGGAAAGAAUGUAAAAAACAAAAUACCCUGUCCAGCCUAAUGACAAAAAUAGAUUAUUUUUACUGACAUCAACUCUUACCUCUGUGCUCUGAUGGUGGUAGGUUACAACCCCAUCUAGUGGCCAAAUGAAAAUACAACUUCGUGUCUCAUUUAUGUACUAGUAGUUCAUUCAUUAAUUGUAUACCUAGAAAUAGCUGCUUUAACUUUUUAGCUCAUAUUGUUAUGCAUAUGCAAUCCUGUGUAAAUAAUAUUCACUAUAAACAAAAUGGUGAGGAAUAAAAUGGGGAAAAUAUUGCUAGUUAGGUAUGCUGUUGUUAGCUUUAACUACCAUUUCUUUUAUUCAUUUUUAUUUCUAUUUGUCGUGGGAAAAAAAAAAUAUUUCCAAGCACUGCUCGGGUAAAAAUCACUCAAUCAAGUUUAUUCGUGAAUUGUGCACAACUCAGAGAGCUCAUAGGACAAUCAGUAAUGAAGCAAGACUGAACGGAAAGCUCUGCCAGGCAGAGACAACACAUGAGUUUUAUGCAAAAGGGAUAAGGAAUCCAAAGCAUGGGAAACAGACUGGUUCCCAUGCAGUUGUGAAAAACAACGUCUAACCUUGUACAUGUAACCCAAAUAGUGAAAACUUGGUGGGAAUAUACAGAACUUAGAAUAAACAUACAGCAAUACAACUAGCAGGUGUAACCUUAUUGUAAUUUUUCCACAACACUAUUGUUGCUGUUUUUAAUGUCGUUUUUAUUCACCUGUCUCUAGAAAAUUUAGCAUAAUUGUCGUAAAUUAAUGUUUUAAUUAAUGCCACAUCCUACUGUCGGAACUUAAGUAUCCAGUCGUGUAAUUUAAUAUGUGAAGUUUGAAGAGAAUAUUACAUUUUGACAUUUUUACUUUUUACUUAUUGUCAUUAUUGUUUAUUUUUAUAUCAUUCAUAUUAAGCCAUGAGGGCGCAAUUUUAUUUUCCAAGGAUUUAGCCUUCUGACACAUUCAACUGUGAUUGGCUGCAGUGCUGCGUUUUGAUUGGUCGAUCUGGACAAGAGAGCGUGGCUGGACGUCAAUGUUUAUGUAGCUCCUCUAUGUCGGGUUUGUGCAACAGCAUCAAGGUCUCUGCAAUGUGAUUUCCUGACGCUGAUUUGUUGUCGUCCCGUAUAAGCUCGCCGUUUUCCGUCACGUUAUGUCGCAGCCUCUGACAUGGGGCACCACUAGCCGGUGAAAGACGGAAGAGACGGAGGAAAACGCCGGAAUGGCAGGCGCCUUUGCCUUCAAAGGCUGCCAGAAAAUUCGCGGUGCGCAAAUCAGGGUUCUGCUCGAAGCGAAGGACUUCUUCCUCUUCGACUGCGACGGGGUCAUUUGGCACGGAGAGAAUGCGAUCACGGGAGCGGCCAAGGUGGUGAACGCUCUGAUCCGCCGCGGGAAAAACGUGGUGUUCGUCACCAACAACAGCACCAGGCCCCGGGAGAAUUACGUGAACAAGUUCACGCGCCUGGGCUUCACCGACGUGAUGCUGGACCAGAUCUUCAGCUCCUCCUACUGCUCGGCCCUCUACCUGAGGGACGUCGUGAAGGUCCGCGGCCAGGUGUUCGUCAUCGGCUGCGAGGGGCUCCGCGUGGAGCUGCUGGAGGCGGGGAUCCCCUGCGUGGAGGAGGCGGACGACCCGGACGCCACCAUCUACAACUGCGCCCUGGCUCCGGACGUGAAAGCGGUUCUGGUGGGACACGACGACAAACUGACUUUUCUCAAACUGGCUAAAGCUUCGUGCUACCUGAGGGACCCUGAGUGUCUGUUCCUGGCCACCGACAACGACCCGUGGCACCCUCUGUCAGGUGGACGGAUCCUGCCAGGUUCUGGUUCCCUCACUGCCGCCCUGGAAGUGGCGUCGGGCCGUAAAGCGACUGUGAUCGGCAAGCCGAGCCGCUUCAUGUUCGAGUGCAUCUCCAGCCAGUUCAGCGGCGUGGAUCCCGCCCAGUGCCUGAUGGUCGGGGACCGACUGGAGACCGAUAUGCUGUUCGGGUCCAACUGUGGCCUGGACACCAUGCUCACCCUCACCGGCGUGUCUCAGAUUGAGGAGGCCCAGGAAUACAGAAGCAGCGACCUGACCACCAACCACAGCUACGUGCCUGACUACGUGGUGGACACCAUCGCCGACUUCCUCCCAGCUUUUGAGGAAAUAGAAGAGCAGAACGACGAUUGACGAACGAUUUCGUCGGCAGCACAGAUCGCUUUUGCGACAUUACGAGUGCAGUGUUGAGUCUCACGUUUGCACGAAAAUUUUCCAGUUUAUGGGAAGAAGAGGGGAGGGGGGAAAAAAAAAAACCAACCACUGCUUAUAUCAAAAGCAACGCACAUCUAGGACUAAUAUCUGAAAAAUAUUGAUUAACCUGUGCAUUCCUGUGUUUCUUCUAGUGUUGUGGCCGUUUGUGACUGAACGUUUCGCUGUUGCCGUGUUUAAUGGAUAUACUGCACUUUGUUAUUCAAGUCCAUUGGUAGUAUUUGAUAUUAGGGUUUUGAACAUUCAAAGUUAUUUUUGUAAAACCAUGAAUUAUUCUUAAUUCAUGUGUUUAGGAGCUGGUAUUGUUUUGUGAAUGCAGAAUAACCUCCUCUGAUCUGGCUGGCUGAGUGUCACUUCGAGGUGAAAACGUGCAGCUCUGGCAGAAAAUAAAAGCGGCGACUGUGGGCGGAGUGUCUUCUCACCUGUCAUGUCUGUACUACAUUGUGCCAACAUUUAUCUGGGUAAUGAACAACUCACUGGACUCUAUUUUGGAAAACAUUAAUUCCCAUGCCAGUGUUUAGCACUGACAUGGGAAUAUGAAUGCUGUGAAUGUUUUUACCAUUUAAAGCAUGCCAGCAAUGGUAUCAAUAAAAUACCCGAGGAGCAGA